CACACACAAACCACAGCCGCACUGGUCCAAGGGGGCAGCAGAGAAGUCCAACAAGAGGAGCUUCUUACAUUGCAGCCUGGCAGAGUACCAGCCCCUGGCAUGCUCUACUCACCGGGCUGGGAGACACAAUCUGAAGGAAGCCACCAAAGGGUCUAGUACAGCUACAAAAUGGAAGAGAAACGUUCCAGACAAAUGACUGAGAACCAACAAUGGAUGUCCCAUCUGUGUGAAGAGCUGUGGGAUAUUCCUCUGUACGACCUAUCAAUUCCAGGUAGUCAUGACACCAUGACUUAUUGCUUAGACAAACUAUCACCAGUUGACCCUAGUUCUCCUAAGCUGCUGCUCUUUUUGGAUAAAUUAUUUCCUUCUAUCACACGCCCUAUUAUUUUAAAAUGGAGUAUAACACAGACCUUGAGUGUUACUGAGCAGCUAGACGCUGGAAUCAGAUACCUGGAUCUCCGAAUAGCUCAGAGGCCUGAUGUUUCCUCAAACCUCUACUUUGUACAUGGUCUUUAUACAUCCCAGACUGUAGCGGAAACGCUACAUGAGAUUGCUGACUGGUUACAGCAGAAUCCUCAAGAGAUCCUCAUUGUAGGGUGUGAUAAUCUACAGUCCAUGCUGACGGAGCAUCACAUUUCUUUAAUUAACUGUAUACACAGGAUAUUUGGAGCCAAAUUAUGCCCCAAGCAUGAGCAACCAACAUUGAGGAACUUGUGGAAGCAAAACUAUCAACUUAUUGUGUGCUAUGACAACCCUUUGGCGUUGCUUUUUGAAUAUCUUUGGCCAUCUAUUCCAUACUGGUGGGCAAACACAACCAAAACAAGCUUCUUGAUCCACUUCUUGGAGAGGAAAAAACAGAUCGGACGGCCAGGUAUCAAAACAUUUUUAGAUUGUUUUUUUGUGGCUGGUCUCAAUUUAACUGAGAAUUCAAGUUACAUCUUAAAACACCCAUUUGGUUCUUUGAAAAAAAUGACUUUACCUAAACUUCCAUUUUUGCAUAAGUGGGUAGAAAAGCAGCAUCCAGGAGUGAGCAGAGAUGCCACCAACAUUAUUGCAGAAGAUCUUAUUGGCUCUGAGGACUUUGUUUCUGCUGUCAUUAAGCUCAAUAUGAAGUUAGACAGAACUCAUGCGCUUUUGAAAAGAUAGAUCACUGAGCUGUAGGACUUCAAAUGUAUUACUUUGCUCUACUAAAAUGACUUGAAAUACCGUUGGGGGUUUUCAGGUGCCAUGUGUAUAAAUAGCAAUACCACUGGUAUAACAACAUGCCAUUGUGCUAAAAUAACAUGGAUGUUUCCAGAAAAAAAGCACAAAAGUCUGCAUAAACUACCUCCUCCAUGCAAUCCUCAGUGUCUUCUGGACUUGAGAGGCCUGUAUUACAACAGUCAUACCACAAAACUUCCAUACUUUAUAGCUUUAGACUUAGAAUAACCAGUGCUUAGAUUACACAUAUUUUAGAAUUCAUAUGAA